GAUGGUUAAGAGUCUUAUAAGUAUUUUAAAAUGUUUUGAAUGUUUUAUUUGGGGGGACCCCCAGACCCCCUGCUGAUUUGUUCCCCCCAAAUGUUGACUCCUUGGCUACGGCCUUGAUGUAGAGAACCUUUCUAAUAAAAAAAAAUCAGAUUUUUUACGUUAUUGUUGUUAAUUUGCUUUUGCUCAUUAGCUUUGGAGAGGGAUUGUGCUAUAAAUUUGGGAGGCAAUUAAUGAACUGUUUUAGAGAAUGGUUUUGUUAGAAAUGGAGGUUUUUGAUAAAGGAGUUUCAAGAGGCUGGCUACAGUAUGAUGCUGAGGCUGGGGUGACGAGUUGUUCUAUGUGUGACCAGUAUGCUAAAGAUAAUAGCAGAAACAAUUCAUUCAUCAGAAAUAAAAUGUUUCUAUUCAACACAAUACCUUAUGAUCUCAGUAAAAUGUGCCGAAAUUAAUGACAAUUAAUGACACAAAAGGUUAAUUUUAUUAUUUUGGCCGGUAAAAAAAAAAAUGCUUGGCUGGUGGAUUUUUUUCAUCUACCAGUUCCCUUGGCAUGUGAGACAAGUAGUACAUUUCGGACACUGCUUGUAUCUCUUCAGCUUUUCCUGUUGAUUGUGUGUUUCCGAUCAACUGCUCUUGAUAAGAUACCUUCACAACAUAUUUAUUUACCUGGAGUGAAUGUUACUUCCAGUGCAUAUCCCUGUAGCAUGAUCUUCAUCCUCUGUAUUGGAAGUGGACAGUCUUGGAAUGGCUUCUGAAACCGUGCAAGUACAGUUUUAUGAUCCGUUUCCACACUUAUUGUCCAUCCAGAAAUAUAGUGAUAGAAUCUCUCACAUGCAAAUGAUUUGCAAUUUCUUUUCUCUUUGUGCACAUCUUGUCUCGGCUCCAGUCCGAGAGUGUGAAGCAUAUGCUACUGACUGCCAGGCAUCUUCAUGUUUCUGCAAAAGCUCAGCUCCCAACCCAAAUGAAAUACAAAGACUCACUGCAGGUCUCUCUUGCUGUCUCUGAAGAGGAGGCUCCACCUGAACAGAAGCGAUGUGAGCAGGAGUGGAGCCCUAGUCUCAGGCAGGAGGAUUCAGAGCCCACACUGAUUAAAGGGAAAGAAGAGGAACUCCGGCCCUGUCAGGAGGAAGAACAGCUUCAAGGGCUGGAGCCUGAUAUAACAGUGUUCAAAUUGCCUCUUCCCUGUGUGAAAAGUGAAUGUGAUCAGGAGGACCUAUUUUGGUCCUUGAGUCUUCCCCAAACCCAGUCGGUAGAGAACAGGGAGUGUGACUUAAAACCUGUGGAUCUGAAUCCUUUUGGAAGUUUGACACACCAAAAGGCUUUCAAAAUUCUUUGUGACCCUCCAGACAAUCAAAACAUUGGCUACAGUCACAGCUCACCCAUAAGCAGUGCCCCCGUACGACUUGAAGGCAGCCAACCUCUGGAUUCCGGCCCACUGUUGGAUCCAAACCCAACAGUGGAGGAACACUGUUCCAAACCUAGCACCACAUCUAUAAAGACUCACCGCUGCUGUGACUGUGGCAAAGCCUUUCCUCUGAAAGCUGAUUUGCAGAGACAUGCAACUCAUGCAAAAAAGAGCUUCAAUGAAUGUCACUUCUGCCAAAAACAGUACAGUUCCAGCUGUAAACUGAAGGCCCAUGUCCAACUUUGUCAUGGUGGCAAACGCUGCACCUGCCCCUUUUGUGGCAAGACUUUCAAACAAAAAGGAAACUUAUCCAUGCACAUGCGUAUUCACACGGGAGAAAAACCAUUUAGCUGUGGUUACUGUGGCAAGAGCUUUAGUCAAAAGGGGGACCUGAGAAGACACAUUUUGACUCACACAGGAGAGAAACCAUUUAGCUGUAAUUUUUGCUGUAAAAGCUUCAAUCAGAAAGGGGACUUAAGGAGGCAUGUAUUGACUCACACAGGAGAGAAACCAUUUAGUUGCGGUGACUGUGGGAAAGGCUUCAUUCGCAAAGAGCACUUAACGGCACAUAUACGCACUCACACAGGUGAAUGAUUUAUAUGUGGGGACUGCACCAUCUGCUAGCUGACUUAGGAGGGAAAUCAUUUAGUUGUGGAGACUGCUUUAAACUGAAAAUGACUCCAACUGCACGUAUACCAACUGCAUGUAUACCAACUCGCACUCCUGAGAAAUCACAUGAGGGAACAAAGAUCCCAUAUCCACAGUGAAGAAUAUUUGUUAGUUUUUUUUAAAACAUUCUUAUGGAAGAAAAGCAACUCUUGAUUGUUUGUGCUGUGGACUUUGAGUAGGAUGGAUUUACAAACGUAUGCACAAAUGUUCAAUGUAAAUAAAAUGUGAUGAUUAUGAUGAAAAUAUAACUUACACAUUAGUUCAUGUUUUAUGGGAAUCGGUGGAAUGAAGAACUCAGUGGAAAACAGAACACAGUGGAUAGAAGGGAUGAGUUUUUUUUUUUUUAAAUGUUAUUGAUUUAUUAAAAAAUAUACACUCACCUAAAGGAUU